AUCAGCGUCCGCCCACUUGCCCCACGCCAGAUUUACGCAAAAAGGGGCAGCAGCGAUGGAUGCGUACGUCAACGGAUGCUUCCUUCCCCGGCGAGCCAGCCCAACCAACGAGAGACGACCGAGACGACGACGCGUGGGUCCUUCCGCCUUGUGCUCCUCGUCCCUCCUCCAUUGGCCCCCCCAACCCCACCCCACACCCACCUUUCUGCCACGACUAGAUUACAGAGGCCGCACUACUAGUAGUAGUACCACCACCAAGUGUUUGCCAUAUUACCCCUGUGAAACUCCAUCUCCUCCCGUUUUCCAUACCGUUCUUCCCCCUUCUCCUUCCUCCGAUUUCCGGUUGCUUUCUUCCCCCGGAUUGGACCUGGAGUUGUUUAUUUAUUAGCGCACGUACGGCUUGCGCAGGAGUCGCUGGAGAAUUUAAUAUUGGCAAAAGGCGGUUUUUUUACUGGGUAUUUCCGUUGUUUGGUGCUAUAUGAUCCUUGGCAGCGGCUGGGAUGCCAACGCCGGUUGAUAACGCGCUUACUUGCCUUGCGGCCGAAGCCGCUGCCGCACUCAACGACGCCGUUGGUGUCGCCCGUCGCCGCGCGCACGCCCAGACCACCUCCCUCCAUGUUGUUUACGCCCUUCUUGUCUCUUCUUCCUCCUCUUCUGGCGGAGGAGGUCCGAACGGUGGCGAAUCGGUUGCUGCGUGUUCGAUUCUGCGUGAUGCGCUGUCGCGGGCACGGAGCUCGGCGUACUCUCCAAGGCUGCAGUUCAAGGCUCUGGAACACUGUUUCGGGCUGGCGCUCGAGCGGCUGCCAUCGACUUCUACGACGACGAGUCGUCAGGCGGCGGAGGGGGCCGAGGAGCCGCCGGUCUCGAACUCACUCAUGGCGGCGAUUAAGCGAUCGCAGGCGAACCAGCGAAGGAACCCUGACUCGUUCCACUUUUAUCAGCAGCAGCAGAGCGCUGCCGCACCCGGGAGUGCAUCGUCGUUCUCUGGUGUGAAGGUGGAGCUCCAGCAUCUAGUGCUCGCGAUCUUGGAUGACCCCGUGGUGAGCCGGGUGUUUGGAGAUGCCGGGUUUUGCAGCACGGACAUAAAGCUCGCUAUCCUCCGCCCUCCGCCGCCCAUCCUCCGCUUCCCCCGUGCGGCCAGGUGCCCGCCGCUGUUCCUAUGUAAUUUCUCGUCGGGGGAUGGAUUCGAGGCGACGCUUACCUCCGGGCGGUUCGUUUUCCCCUUCGAUGCAGCAACACAGCUCUGCUCCGACAGCAGCGAGGAAAACUGCCGGAGAAUAGGGGAGAUCCUUACCCGAAAGAUGAGCGGACGGAACCCUAUGCUGGUCGGUAUAGGCGCUGGUGAGGCAGCUAGAGACUUUGCCCAGGCCAUCAAACGGCAGAAUUGGGUGAUUCUGCCGCCGGAGCUCCGUGGAAUAAAGUUUUUGAGCAUUGAAAAGGAGGUGGCCGAGCUUGGAAACUGUGGCUUCGAGCAGUUGACGAUUGCUACUCAAUUGGAGGAGUUGAAUGAGAAGCCAGAGUCGUCAGGGGUGGUCUUGAACAUUGGGGAUUUGAAAGGAAUUGUGGAAGUCAGCGUUGAAUGCCAUGAACAGGAAAGCUGCUUGGUUUUGGAGCUCACGAGAUUGUUGGAAGUCUACCAUGGGAGGUUAUGGUUGAUGGGAUGGUCGGCAACAUAUGAGACAUACAUGAAGUUCUUAUCCAAGCAUCUGAUGCUCGAUAAAGAUUGGGAUCUGCAGUUGUUGCCAAUCACUUCGGUUUGUACUUCGAUCGGUGGAUCCAUUCCUAGAUCUCCAAGCUUGGAGUCAUUUGUUCCAUUAGGAGGGGUUUCCCCCACGACAUAUGAGUCAAAAGGCCUGUUCAGCAGUGUGUAUCCAUCGAUGUUCCACUAUGAGCCUUGUUAUGAUUAUGGCAAGUACGAACAUGAAUCUGUAAAUAUUAACAACCAUCCAGCUUCAGUUGAUGAUAAAGAAUAUGGGAACAUGCCCUUUUGGUUACGCAAAGCCUCUAAGGUUAACUUGAAUGAUGAAGAAGAUGCAACAAAGGCUAAAGAUGAUAAGACAGUUCUGAAUGCUAAACCUCUUAAUCUUCACAAAAUGUGGAAUGAUAGUUGCCGAUGUUUCCAUUCUGAUUACCUAAAAACCAAUAUGGAAGAUUUUCCUGCUGUUUGUUGUGUUUUUGACACAGAGAAGUCUUGCAAUGAGAAUUUGGAAAAUCCUGAUGAUGCUCCAAGACGAAAAGGGUUUGAAAUUUCAUUUCCUAUUGGUGUAUGCACAAACAAAAUCACCAUUGGUGAUGAUAGUAUGUCUGUGCCUUCACUUAUGGAACUGGGAAAUAAGGAUUUGUUGUCAAAAUUUCCAGACAGACUUUCAAGAAGUGAAGAAUUUCAGAGAGACAGCUUCCUUUCUCACCAAGAUGAUGGUCAUACUUCACCUUCCUCUGUAACAUCAGUGAUAACAGAUUUGGUUUUGGGAACUCGUCAUGAGCCUAUUAACGAUAAUGAUAGUCCUGCUUUUCAACUACAAAAAGAUAAUUCUGAGUUCUCUGGUUGUUUACUGUCCAUGAAGCUUCAAUUGGUCGACGAAAAUGGAUUAGAACUACAAAAAGGUCAUUCCAAGUUGACUAGUUGUUUGCCGACAAGUAAAGUUGAUAUGGUCGAAGGAAAUAACCUAGAUUUUCCUGUUGAAUCCUUUUCUGGCUCUGCCCAUCAAGAUUACCAAACAAAGAGUACCCAUCCCUUUGUUCCAACUCGCUUAUUCUCACAGAGCUCAACUGAUUGCAUUUCUGUAUAUGAUAAACCCCCACUCAUCUCAUCAGGUACACAUCAGGCACUUGACUCCAGUAGUUAUAAACUAUUUUAUACUAGUCUCAUGAAAAAGGUUGGCCGUCAAGAAGCAGCAGUGAGUGCUGUUAGUCAAGCUAUAAUCUCCUACAAGAAUGGCCAAAGGCGUCGCGGAGCAAUCCUGAGAGGAGAUAUUUGGCUUAAUUUUCAUGGUCCAGAUAAGAUUGGAAAGAGGAAAAUGGCAAUGGCUCUUGCAGAAAUGUUAUAUGGAAGCAAAGAAAACUUUGUGUGCAUUGACCUAAGUUGCCAUGAUGGUAUUCCCCAUCCCAGAACCAUCUUUUUGCAGCAGGAUGUCAAGGGAAAUGGCCACUUUAGAGGAAAAAUGAAUGUUGAUUAUAUCGCUGAAGAGCUAAGCAGGAAACCACAGUCUGUUGUAUUCCUUGAAAAUGUGGAUAAAGCUGACUUGCUUGCUCAGAACAGCUUAUCUCAGGCUAUCCGAACUGGCAAGUUUCCUGAUUCUCACGGAAGGCAAUUUAGUAUCAAUAAUGUUGUAUUUGUCUUGGCUUCCUCAAUCACUCAAGGUCAAACCUCUGAUAGGAAAGAUUGCACUAGUUUUUCUGAGGAUUCUAUUUUGGCUGCUUGCUCUUGGCAGAUGAAAAUCCACUUAGAACCUUCUCAAGAGGCUACUAAUAGCUCAAGAACUAAUAAGCCCCCCUUUGCGACAAUUCCAAAAUUCAGGAGGUAUCAAGUAUACCUAAAUUCACACUCGCUUUCUGUAAGUAAGCGCAAGUUGAAUGUCUCUGAUGGCUGCAAGACCCAGUAUGGAACUUUGAUGCCCGCGAAAAGGGUGUUCAAAACUGUAAAACCUUUCUUAGACCUGAAUCUGUCUGUGCAAGAGCUGGAAGCCUAUGAUGACGAUUCCACUGGUCAUGAAGGUCUCAGUUUGGAAUUUUCUAAUGGAUGGAUGGAAGACUUGCUCAACCUAGUAGACGUGGUGGUGGACUUCAAGCCCAUUGAUUUUGAUGCCCUUGUCGAUAGCAUAUUGGGGGACAUAAGCAAUAUCUUUCAUGGUGUUUUUGGCUCAGAUUGCUUGUUGGAGAUAGAUCCCAAGGCUAUGGCAGAGAUAAUCGCAGCAGCGACAUGGUCAUCAGAAAACAAAGGAGCUUUGAAUGAUUGGCUCGAUCAAGUUCUUGGUAGGAGUUUCACUGAGGCAAGGUGCAGGUACAACCUGUCGGAUCACAGUACUCUCAGACUUGUUGCUUGUGAAAAUGCAUUUGUUGAGAAGCAUGCACCUGGAAUCCUUCUUCCUUCAACAAUUAUCCUAAAUUAACAAUUCAUAGAUUGCAAUAACUGUAUAAUUUAGUAUCAGUUAAUAAUUUGUGAAAUAGCUGAAUGUCAUUAGUCCCAUUGCUUCUGUGCGAGAUUGUCAGAUUAGCUUGUAUUGUGUAAAUCCAAUAGUUUGGAGUUAAGGAAAGUUUGUUGUAGUUGCUCUGAUAAAUUAAAAUAAUUUUAUUAAAUCA